GCCCUUGAGGUUUGUGCAACAAAGGUCUGCAACAUGCACUGAAGUGACCCUACAAUAUCACUGCAGCCUCUGAAGGGAAAAAAGCCCUUCUGCAGAGUCUCUGGAGCAUUAGCUGUGAGGUGAGAAUGCAAGGAACAAAUCACGUUCAAGCUAUUAAAGGCAGCACCUAGAGAUGAACCUGCUCAGAGGCCAAAGCCCACAGAGAAAUCCAAGCUUCCUUUUGCCAGUGGAUAUUUCUGCUCCAAUGGACAACAGCCUUCACUUCAUGAUCUGUGUGAUUACAACCAUGCUGCUCCUGAGAGAAUCAAGCCAGGCAGGAGCUACAAGGAGUGAUGAUGCUGUUAAUAAGGGCACUGGCUCAAGGGGACCAGAAGAGGCUCUUCCAACUCUGACUGUCACAACCAUCCUGGAAGAUCCUUACAUGAUGGUGAGAAGGGCAGAACUGGAGGGGUACUGCAUGGAUUUACUGAAAGCACUGGCUGCAAUGCUUCACUUCAGCUACAAGGUGAAGGUGGUGGGCGAUGGGCAGUAUGGUGCCAUCGCUUCCAAUGGCAACUGGACAGGGAUGAUUGGAGAAAUUCUGACACAGGAAGCAGACCUUGCAGUGGCUCCGCUGACAGUGACGUCGGCGAGGGAAGAGGUGGUUUCCUUCACCACACCGUUCCUGCAGACCGGGAUUGGAAUCUUGCUUCGAAAAGACACAGUCUCUCAGGAGAUGUCUUUCUUCCACUUCCUGUCUCCUUUCAGUAAGGAGACCUGGACUGGCCUUUUGUUUGCCUAUGUGCUGACGUGCUUCUGCCUCUUUCUUGUUGCCAGAUUGAGCCCCUGUGAAUGGAAUGAGCCAAAGAACGAAGAGAACCACUUUACCUUCUUAAAUAGCCUCUGGUUUGGAGCAGGGGCACUUGCUCUGCAGGGGGUGAGCCCUCGGCCCAAGGCGCUGUCGCUGCGUGUCAUCGCCGCGGUGUGGUGCCUGUUCGCCAUCGCGCUGCUGGCCGCCUACGUCGCCAACCUCACCGUGCUGCUGGGCGCCGGCACCGAGCAGCUCCCCGUCCAGACCUUCGAGGACCUUGUGAAGCAAAGGAACCUGGAGUUUGGGACCCUGGAUGGCUCCUCUACUUUCUACUUCUUCAAGAACUCCAAGAAUCCCAUCCACCAGAUGAUCUAUGAAUACAUGGACAAGAGACGAGACCACGUUUUGGUCAAAACCUACCAGGAAGCAGUUCAACGUGUGAUGGAAUCAAACUAUGCCUUCAUUGGGGAAUCCAUCUCUCAGGACCUUGCUGCUGCCAGGCACUGCAAUUUGAUCAGAGCCCCUGAAGUUAUUGGAGCCAGAGGAUUUGGCAUUGCCACUGCCCAGGCAUCCCCAUGGACUAAGAAGCUCUCCAUUGCUGUCCUCAAGCUGCGUGAGUCAGGGGACCUGGACUACCUGCGUAACAAAUGGUGGGAGAGCAGUUGCCUUCACAGAAGCAGAGACAGAUGGAGUCCUCUGCAGCCCCAGGCUCUGGGAGGGCUCUUUCUCACUCUUGCAAUUGGCCUUGCUCUGGGAGUGAUUGCAGCUGUGGCAGAGCUCUCCAACAAGAGCAGACUGGCAGCCGGGCACGUGAAGAAGUCUUGUUGCUCUGUUUUCACGGAAGAGAUUUGCACCCGGCUGCGUAUAAAGGCGAAUCCACGGCCGAGCCAGGAGCCUCCAGGCAGGGCCAGUGCUUGAGCACGGCCUCCAGCACGGGCAGGGAUGAGGUUCACACAGUGUCUAUCCCAUAGGAACCACACCUGUGUAGGAGGAUGUUUUUCUGCAAGGCUAGAGUGUUAGUUUUCUAACUGCAGACACAG